AGAAUGCGACGUAUGCCAACAUUUGGGCGCGACCGCAUUCGCCGUUUCUGGCACGACGUCUCCUCGCGCAAGCGCCUAGCAGCGCGCGACUACGAGGCCUUUUUGAUAGUGAGUACUAUCAUGCCCGCAUACGAAGGUCUUCUCGACCUGCCAGACGACCAGACGGUGGCCGACCUACUUUUCGAACUUGCCAAUUGGCAUGCAUUAGCAAAGCUCCGGCUUCACACGGAGGUCACCCUGGACAUAUUUCGCAUCACCACAAAGCACAUGUAUGAAGCCAUCCGGACGUUCGCACAGCAGACGUGU